GUACCGGGGCCGGCCAGCCUCCGGCAGGUCUGGGAAUGCAUCAAGCCGCUGCCCGGCGAGCACAGGAAGAAGUGGGAUCCAAACGUGAAGGACUUUGAGAUCGUCGAAGCCAUCAGCGAGACUGUCGCUGUGUGCAGAACCACAACUCCCUCAGUUUUCAUGAAGCUUAUUUCACCAAGAGAAUUUGUGGAUGUGGUACUACUGAAGGAAUAUGAAGAUGGGACAGUGCUAUCUGCUGCCACCAAUGUGGAACACCCACGGUGUCCUCCUCAACCAAAUUUCGUGAGAGGUUUGAAUUAUCCCUGUGGCUGUUUCUGUAUACCUAUUCCAGGGGAGCCAGACAAGACUCAUCUCAUCAGUUUCUUUCAGACUGAUCUUGGUGGCUAUCUUCCCCAGAAGGUGGUGGAUUCCUUCUUUCCAUCUAGCAUAGCUGGAUUGUACAGCAACCUGACCAAAGUUGUUAAGGAAUUUAAAGUGUGA